GUGGUCCUUCAAGGGAUUCGCAUUUGAGCCGCGAGGAACGGGGACAAAAUCUUCAAUAUCGGGAUGUGAACAUGCAGAAUUAUAAAACCAUGAUCGAUGCUGCUAAGGACAACUUCGCGGACAUAGUUGUCGGCAAAGGACCUACGGAGGAAUGUACAAUCUGCUGCAAAGCGAGUGAUUUAUUCGGUGUUGGUCCAUGUCGCCAUCCUGUAUGUAUGGAAUGUGCGAUACGGAUACGAGUUCUGUCGAAUAAUCGCCAGUGUCCGGUUUGCAGGACAAAUAUGGAGACGUUGUGCUUCCUCUUCGUUUCGAGCAACCUCGAUGAGCAUUCGCUUUCUCUUCCAUCAUUAAAACAUCUUGACGAGGAUAGAUACGGACUGCGGUUCGAAAACGGCGAUGCCAUUUCUCGAUAUGAAAAGUACCUCGCCCAUGUUUGCAAGUUGUGCAAGAGCAACGAUGGGGAAAGAUUAGAGUUUCCUACUUUUGUGGCUUUGCGGCAUCAUAUGUCAAGUGUGCAUCAAUUAACUUAUUGUCAUAUAUGUACGGAGAACAUCAUACAAUUUUCUAGAGAGAGAAAAACUUAUACUCGCGACGGGCUCCAGAGACAUAUCCGUGCUGGGGACAGAGAUGACAGGAGCCUUAAAGAGCCAAAUGUCAAAGCAUGCUCACUUUCAUUUUCAGGUCACCCAUCGUGCUUGUUCUGCGAGCAACGAUUUUUCGACGAAGAGUUUAGGUACAAACACCUUCGCAAGGAGCACUUUUUCUGCCAGUUUUGUGAAACGGAGGGAAAACAUAUGAAUGUAUUUUUCAAGGCCAUGGGGAUCGCCUUCUCCAAUCAACUUGAUCUGAACUUGCAUAAGUCCAAGGACCAUAGCAAUCGUCGUGUGGGGUUGGGUCUUGAUUUCCAAUUCAAUGAUCGACAGCUCGCCGGUCCAUCACGCAUUCGACGCGAACCGCCCGCAGCUGUUCCGGUCGUUCGUACGGAUAAAAUUGCUGUUGUUCCGCGAGAAGAACCGGUUGCUCCUAGAAGAACCGAUGAGUUUGUGGUUGUCCCGUCGGCGCAAAGUACAAGUCGCAAUCGUACCGUGAGGUACAACGUUGCUCCAGCCUAUACACCGCUUAACGAAGAUUUCCCUAGUCUAGGCCCAAGUCUUCCGAGCUCACGUUCCGAUCCUGCUCUCACGACCUUGCGUCCUGAAAACUUCCCGCGAUUAAAUCGUGUCAAUCAUGCUGGUGCGAAACAGGCUCAGCAAAAUGGAGCCAUCCCUAGUGGGUCGCGGCAACAACCAAAUCCUCUGCAGUAAGU